AAAUCAAGUAAAUAUUCAGUUUUAUAGUAUAUUUCCAACAACGUACGUGAAACCCAUUUUUAAAAAAGAAGAACAAGAAGAGGUACAUAACGCCGGACAAGUUCUAAACCUCCCAGGACAGAUGGAACAACCCAAACUCCAUGAGUAGCUACAUUUGCUACAUGUUCUAUAGGAGUAGAUUAGAAUGAUAACAAAUAAAUAGUUUACAACUAAAAGUGUAAACAUAGUUCCAUGCAAAGAUAAAAUAUUAUUAAUUAAUUUUCUACAAGUGUUGGCAUUAAUAUAAACAGCCACUGUUUUACCAAAUGCAGAACUUAAGCAAUUUAGUAAACAAUCAAAUGUCAACAGUUUCAUCGUUCCUUGAAUUCAGGAAACAACUGUCAGCUGUUCAAUAUGUGGAACGAUGGUACAAUCAAGCAGUAUACUGCUUUGUAUAGUCACUUGUAGAAGUCAUUCUACAUCGAGUUCGACAUCUGUUCACAAAUCUUGUAUUAGCGUGCGCGUGCGUGUAUUUGUAUUAACGUACGUGCAAGAAAGAAGAGAAACAGAUAAAGAGAGGCAAUAAAAACAAAGAUAGAAAAGGAUAUAAAAAGAAAUUAAGAAAGAAGUGGAUAAAGUGUUCUUACGCGCACCGUCCGUGCGAUUUAUGCAAAAUCUUGUGCGUAACGUGGAUGUAUUGACGCAAGGACUUAAAUACAGUAUAUCAGGACUAAUGAACCUCGCAAAUCAGACUACUGAUCCUCAAAGUGGUGUUUUCUUUGUUAAUUUCAAUCAGGAUUGCACAUCUUUGGCAGUAGGAUCAAAAGCAGGAUACAAAUUAUUUUCUUUAAAUUCUAUUGAUCAUCUUGAGACAAUAUAUGAAAAUGAUACUGAGGACAUAUGCAUUGUCGAACGACUAUUCAGCAGUAGUCUUGUUGCUGUGGUCAGCUUAUCAUCACCUCGUAAACUCAAAGUUUGCCACUUUAGAAAAGGAACUGAAAUUUGCAAUUAUAGUUACUCAAAUACCAUUUUGGCUGUGAAGCUUAAUAGAGCAAGAUUAGUUGUCUGCUUGGAAGAAUCAUUAUACAUUCAUAAUAUUAAGGACAUGAAAGUCCUACAUACAAUUCGUGAUACUCCACCCAAUUUAGCAGGCUUGUGUACACUAUCAAUAAAUAGUGAUAAUUGCUAUUUAGCAUAUCCAGGAUCAAAUACAAUUGGAGAAGUUCAAAUAUUUGAUGCAAUAAAUCUCCAAGCAAAAACUAUGAUUCCUGCACACGAUAGUCCAUUGGCAGCACUCGCAUUUAGUCCAAAUGGUACCAAAGUAGCUACGGCUUCUGAGAAGGGUACUGUAAUUAGAGUUUUUCAUGUUCAUGAUGGUACAAAACUAUUUGAGUUUCGGCGAGGAGUUAAGCGAUGCGUAUCUAUAAGCAGUCUUGCUUUUAGUAUGGAUUCUAUGUUCCUUUGUUGUUCGAGUAAUACAGAAACGGUGCAUAUUUUCAAGUUGGAAGAACCGAAGGAAGCGCUACGACAAACAACGGAUGAAUCCCAAACUUGGAUGACAUAUCUAACCAAAGCAAUGUGUGCAUCCGCUAAUUAUUUACCUUCCCAAGUAACUGAUGUUUUUAACCAAGGACGUGCCUUUGCGAGUGUCCAUUUACCAUUCCAAGGGUUAAAAAAUGUUUGUGCUAUUACAGUAAUACACAAAGUACUUAGGCUGUUGGUGGCUAGUGCUGAUGGAUAUCUGUAUGUUUACAACUUGGAUACAACAGAAGGUGGAGAUUGUACAUUGCUUAAACAGCAUAGAUUAGAUGGCAAACGGGACGAAGUAGAUUGUGCUAGUGUGUCUACAGCUGGGUUAGGAUCUGGAGAAACUCCUGCAGGAACAACUACUACACGAAUAGUACAAAAUACAGCCUGCAUAAAUAGCUACGCGGGUGUGUUGCGCGGCCGCUCGCCAGACUCCAUGUCAGAGUCAGAGAAGUAUCAUGAGAUGAUAGCGGCUACUGAGAGUCCACCACGAUUUUCGGGUUCAUUCCGUUUGAAAGACGAUGCUGAAUUUCCACCUGUUACGCAAAGAACGGAUUGAGUGUAAUGAUUCAUGCAUAUCAAAAAUUACAGAUGAAGAUGAAUUACAUACAGCAGUGAUCGAAAUUAAAGACACUAAAAUACAGGUUGAAAUAAGUUUCUAGUUAUUAUAUGGAAAACGUUGCAGAUGCAGGAAAGCAACGAUUAUUUUGUAAUGAAAAAAUGAUAACAAACACACAUUAAUGAAAUUGUAUAAAUUACAUAAUUAACGCCAAAAUUAGCAUGUGUUUAGUGUUCAUAUUGUAUCUGAAAUCGAUAUUUUAAAAAAGACUAUCCACAAUACUUUUGUUUAUAUUACAUUUUUUCCAAAUCAGUAUUUUAUACUAGAACAUAAUCAUUAUUGAAGAGCAUAAAGUUUGUUUUAGAGCAUGUAGCAAUUCAAUGAUAAAUAAAGAUUACUGCGAUGCUUUAAAAAAAAAAAAAAAAAAAAA